GUACUGCAGUACCGGACUAGGUGUCGCGAGUUGGAGCAGCAGCUGGAAGCAGGAGUGGUGAGUGUGCAGGGAUCCCUUGCAGGCAGGUGGGAAGCCACAGAAGUCCACAGCCUGGAGAAGGCACUGCUUCAGUUGGAAGAGGAGCAGCAAAGGUGUGAGAAUCUGGCAGAAGUGAACACUCUGCUGCGGGAGCACCUCGAUAAAGCGAAUGAGGUUAAUUCAGCCCUCAAAGAAGAUAUUGGAAAACUGACGGCAGAUUGGAUGAGGGCCCGGGAGGAGCUGGAAUUGAAGGAGAGGGAAUGGCGCGCUGAUCGUGAGGUUCAUGACAGCUACUUAAGGGGUGAACAUAACCGUCUACUCAGCCUGUGGUGUCAGGUGGUAACCUUCCGCCGUCAUUUCCUGGAGAUGAAGACUGCCACUGACCGAGAUCUGUCAGAGCUGAAGGCAGAGCAAAUGAGGCUUUCUGGAGCUAUACUUGCAAAUUGCUCCUGCCUAAACUCCAGCAGACAGCUCUGGGAGUCCAUCACUCUGGGUAGACGUGUCCUGAGAGAUCAGGCACAGCAGCAAGUGGAACAGGAAAUAAGCCAGAAGACUUGGGAAGUGAUGCACUUACAAGUCAAGGAGGACCUGGAGAAGAAGGAGCUUCAGGACAGGGUGAUGGAGCUUUCAGCCUUGCUUGUACAGUCUCAGAAGCAGAACGAGGAGAAGGAGAAGACCAUGAAAACACUUAAUGACACUGUGGAGAUUCUAGAAGCAAGUUGGUUAGAGAAAGAAUAUGAAGCUUCAUUGUCUAGAAGUGCCAAAGAAGAGAAUCUUUCCCUGCAAAAGCUGAUAAAAGAUAUAACUGAGGUGGUGUUAGAUGACGGUGACAGCACGGUCAGCAUUAUUUGCGCUGACAGUUCUCAGCAUGCCGAGACUAGCAACAUCCUGUCUUGCCUGAGCUCUGGUGAUGCAGAGCAUGCCUUUGUGUUGGUUCAGGAAGCACUGGCAAGGAGGCGUGGGGCAACACAGGCCCUGAAAGAAGAGCUUUCUGCCAGGCAGGACUCUAUCAAUCUCCUGCAGCACCAGCACAGACAGCAGGAAGAGAAGUGCAGGAAGCUGCAGCAAAGGCUUGAGCAACUGGAGGAGGAAUGCAAGACAUCCAGCAGCCACCGGCAGCACCUCCAAUCUCUGGUAGAAGCACUCAGAAGUGACUGUGCAAACCUCGAGAAAACCAGGGAAGAGCUACAGCAGCAGCUUGAAGUAACGGAGCGAGAAGCCUCACGUCUGCGUCAAAGUAACACUGAACUGCAGCUGAAGGAAGAUUCAGCCCAGGGGGAAAAGGUGGAGCAGCAACAGACGAUGGAGCGAGCGCAUCGUGACCAGGAGCUCCUACUGAAGGACUUAGCUGCACUUGAAGAAAAACAUUCACUAUUACAGAGUGAGUUGGUAGUGGCGAGAGAGACACUGGAGGAAUCGCGCCUUGAGAGGGAUCUGCUGAAGCAGGAGAAACACGAGCUUACCAUGGCACUGGAAAAGGCAGAGCAGUCAGUAGCAGAGUUGACAGGGGCCCAGAAUAAGCUGAGUGCUGAAGUAGCUGACCUACGUGUUGCAACAGCGAAGACAAGCAGUAUUAAUGAAGCUCUUGCACUGGAUAAAGUCCAACUGCAGAAAGUUGUGCUGCAGCUGGAGCAAGAGAAUGCUGUUCUGUCAGGUAAAGUGGACGAGAUGGAGAGAGCCAAGAUCUCUGACCAGGAGAAGCUGAGCUUGUGUGAAAGAACAAAUGAAGAGCUCUGCGCAGAGAAAGCCCACCUUGAGCAGCUGCUGAAGAAAGCAGAGGAGCAACAGGAGGGUCUGCGAGUAGACCUGAGGAUCUUGGCAGAGGAGAAGACAGAAACCCAAGAGAAACUCAGUCAGGUUUACCGCCAGCAGGAGUCAGCCAGCAGUGGUCUGGAGCAGUUGCGGCAGGAGUCCUCUCGCCAAGGGCAUGCACUGGCCAAGGUGUCCAAAGAGAAGGAACUCCUGGUUCAUGAGAAGGCGGCUCUAGAGGUGCGACUGGCAGCCAUGGAGCGGGACAGACAAGGCCUUUCAGAGCAGCUGGCAGAGGCCAGGUCAGUGAAGGAGAGCCUGGAAUCCAGCCUGUUUGAAGCUCAGCAGCACUUCUCUCAGCUGGAGAUCGCCAGGAGUCAGCUUGAAAUGCAGCUUUGCACAGUCAGGCAGGCCAAGGAGGUGAUCCAAGGGGAAGUGAAGUGCCUUCAAUGGCAGCUGGAAGCAGAGAGAUCUCUCAUGAAGCAGGAACGGGAAAACAUGGCGCAACAGCUCUUGGAGACAGAACAGCAGUACAACGAUUCCCUCAAGCUUCGGGAAACCGAUCAUGAAGUGGAAAUAACCAAGCUCCUGCAAGACCUGGCAAGUGAGCGGGAAGGGCACCAUUCAGAGCUGCAGGAGACGCUGGAGCAAUGGGAAAAGGAGAAGGCAGAGACAGAAGGGCAGCACAAGAAGAAGCUGUUUGAUUUGGAGCAGAAAGUUGCUGCCAUGCAGGCUCAACAAGAAGAGGAGCAAACCAGAGUCGAAAAUGCCAAGCAAGAGGUCCUGCUAGAAAAAGAGAGUGAGAAGAAUGCUUUAUUUGAGACGCUACUGCAAACUCAGGGAGAGCUAAGAGAAGCCUGCCAGCAGCUAGAGCAGCUCAGGCAGGAGGUGAAAGAGCAGCAAGAGAAUGGGCAGAACAUGACAGAAAAGCUGCAAGCAGAGCUGCAGGAAACUCAGAGUAAGAUGAAGGCAGUGGAGAAGAGGCACAAGGAAGAAACCAAAACCAUCAAAGAGGACAUGAAUGUGCUUCUUCAGCAGAGGGAUGCUCUCCAAAAACAGGUGGAAGAGCUGACAUCUCAGCUAGCAGCCUCUGAAGAGUCCCAGCAAAUGAUUGUCCGCAAAGCUCAGCAAGAUCUGAGUGAUGCACAGGAACUGUCAAGGCAGAAGAUGCUGGAGGUUGUGGACCUCCAGAAGAUCCUGGAGGAGAAGAGGAGUCAAUGGGAGGAGGUGCAACAUCAGAACAAGGAGCUGCAAGUGUGUCUGCAGUCCUUGGAGGGGGAAAGGAGUCGAUGGGAAGAAGUCGAGCAUCACAACACAGAAUUUCAGGCUUCAUUGAAGAUCUUAGAGAGUGAAAAAGCCAG